CUCACCAUGAGCACCGACGAAGCUACUUUCGCAGAUAUCAAAGCAGCCAUCGCCGCCGAGAAUGGACCUGACUUCGAGCAAAAGGCCACUCAAGCUUGGGCUGAAAUUAUCGCGGAACUCCAACUUGUAACCAACACUAUAGCUCAGGAAGGACCUAGUUACAUCCCGACAGUAUCGUUUGCUGAUAUUCAAGCGGGGAGUUUGAGCGCAGCGCAAAUUGCUGAAGUCAAGCGCAAAGGUUCAGUCGUUAUCAAGGACGUAAUCGACGACAAACAAGCUCGUCUUUGGAAGGAAGAACUCGAGGAAUUCGUCAAGAAGAAUCCCCAAGCUGAGGGUUUCCCGGAAGACGACAAACAGUUUUUCCAUCUUUAUUGGACUAGAAGUCAACUUGAAGCUCGUGCACACCCGAACAUGCUGGCUGCAACAACAUGGUUGAACACCCUUUACCAGCCUACUGGGACUAGCAACGCGUCAACUUUGGCAGGCGUUGAUCUCAAGACCCCUCUCAGUUACGCAGAUAGAUUUAGAAUUCGACGACCCGGGUUCGAAUGGAAUGCUCAUCCGCCACAUAUAGAUGGCGGUACCAUUGAGCGCUGGCAAGACAUCAAAAUGCGGUCGUGUUUCUCAGACAUUCUCGCAGGAUCGUGGAAAAAGCAUGAUCCAUACGUUCUCGAACCCAGACUCGAGGCAAGGACGUCUCUCUAUCAACGCCCCAAUCAAUCAAGUGUUUUUCGCACAUUUCAAGGAUGGCUGGCGCUAAGCGCGACUGCCCCCGGGCAUGGCACAUUGAAAGUCUUCCCUGACGUUUUGCUCUCAAACGCCUACAUCAUUCUUCGUCCUUUCUUUCGCCCAUUGGUUGCUCCGGAUUCGAAGGAAAUCUGGGACGUAAAGAACUGGGUAUUCGAUCUCACCACGCCAGAGAUUGCUGGAGUCUUCAAACGGCAGACGCAGGUUGGAUUCAAUUUGCACCCUACCGAAGAACUACAUCCGCACCUUUCCCUCAACAAGACCAUGACUUCGGUCCCCGCGGUCAACCCAGGCGACACAGUUUUCUGGCAUUGUGAUGUCGUGCAUUCUGUAGAGCGCGAGCACAACGGAAACGAAGACUCAGCGGUUAUGUAUAUUCCAUCAGUACCUCUUACUCCAGCAAACAAGCGCUAUAUCGCCCGUCAAGCGGAUGCUUUCCGGGCGGGCAUCCCUCCACCAGAUUUCCCUGUUGCAACCACUGGGGUUAAUUUUGUCGGACUGGGAAGCGAAGAUGAUUUAGCGCUGGGAAAGGCAAAUGAGGCCGCACGAGUAGCGAUGGGCUUGCAGCUUGUUGCCGCCUCCGCAUGA